AGUAACUUAUUACGCUCACAGAGGGAGAAAGUGAAGAUUUGCAAAAUCAGAACGGUUUCCUAAGAACUUUUAGUUUUCGAGAUGAAUGUUUCCAUUUUAUGAGAAAUGUUUACAUGGGCCCAGUAAAAACAGCGGCUAGAUAAAACGAACAAAACAACAUUAAAAUGCAGAAGAGUUUGAGCUGACACAUCAGUUUUCAUGUGUUUAUAGUGAUUUUAUGUGUGAUAUCUACGUUAGGCAAGCAAGAUGCCGAGGGGAGAGCACAGAACGACAAAUCUCCUGUCACGCGAGGAGAACGAACAGGUGUUCAGCCUAAUAGGACCAAAAUGUCAGAGUCUAGCAACUACAGUUGUUCAACUCUUCACAACUGAAGGUCCAGCACAUUCUGAAUGGAAGAAGAGAGAUACUGGUGUACUGUGCCUUAUAAAGGACAAUGGCAAGCGCUCAUACUUCUUCAGGAUUUACUGUUUGUACCGAAAAGCAAUGAUAUGGGAGCACGAAGUUUAUAUGCAGAUAGAAUAUAAGAACCCAAGGCCUUAUUUACACACUUUCGAAGCUGAGGAGUACAUGACAGCAUUCAACUUCGCCAAUGAAGAAGAAGCUCAGAUCCUAAAGAAGAUUCUAAUCGAGAAGAUUGAAUUAAGAAAGACGAGAAGAGAAGAAAGGAGGCAACGUGCCUUAACGGCGGCACGGGCCAAUAGCGUGGUGGAGCCGAGACAAAAUGGCGUCCUACCCCCGCCCCCCGCACCGGAACCGGAGCCCGCCCCCGUACUCCCACCGAAAACAAAUUUAGCAGGUACAUACACACUGAAGAGCUCCGGAAAACGGAAAACGACAAGGAAAUUGACUAAAGCCGACAUCGGGAUGCCUCACAACUUCACGCACGUUUCUCACAUCGGGUGGGAUAAAGAUAAAGGGUUCGACGUGGAGACCACGCAGGACGAGAAGCUCCUGUCGUUUCUGAAGGAGGCAGGAGUUUCGGAGGUCCACCUCCGCGACCAGGAGACGAGGAAAUUCAUAUACAGCUUCAUAGAGACGAACGGUGGCAUUAACGCUGUCAUGGAGGAUCUGCACACAAACAAUGAGAAGCCAAUCAAAGAGCGCAGCGCGCCGUCCCGCGCGCCCGCACCCCCCGUCCCGCAGCGCAGCCCCGCCCUGCCGCACCCCCCCGCACCACCGUCGCGAGCGCCGCCCCCCCCGCCCGGGCGCGCCGUGCCGCCUCCCCCUCCGCCGCCCGCCUCCGUCGCCCGCAACCCGCCGCCGCCCAGACCCGCGCCCCCACCAUCGUCAGCGCCGCCAUCAGUGCCUCCUCCGCCGCCACCGGGCGUGGCCCCCCCGCCGCCGCCGCCCCCUCCGCCCCCGCCGCCGCCCGCGCCCGUGGCUCCGUCCCCGCCCCCGGACGCCCCCCCGAUGCCGAAGGACGCAGCCGUCGCCGUGGACGCGCGCGCCGCACUCAUGGAGAGCAUACGUAGUGGAGCCAGCACUUUGAAGAGAGUCGAACCUGUUGCCAAAGCGCCACCUGUCGAGGACAACCGGAGCAACCUGCUGAGCGAGAUACGACAGGGCGUCGAACUUAGAUCCGUGGCGCCGGAGAGGCGCGGUGUAGGGGUGGGGGCGGCGGCGGCGGGGGCGGGCGUGGGGUGCGGGCUGGCGGGCGCCCUCGCGCGGGCCCUGCACGAGCGGAGCCGCGCCCUGCACUCAGACUCCGACGACGACUCCGACCUCAGCGACAACACCACCAGCGACGGGGAGUGGGACGACUGAGCUCACUGCCGACCUCCCACCAGGACACCGAUAGAAGAUCACAACGCAGAUUCUUUUAAAAAGAGGGUAGUUUGUAAAAAACCAUAAUAGAAAGUGGGCCUGAACUGUAAACACGCAGUGUACAACACAGCGCUCGACUAUAACAGUGACAAUAGGAUUUAUGAAACACAAAUGAAAACGUACACCUAAUUAAAAACCUACUUCUAAUUUUCAAUUUAAAAUCAAGCUCAAAUAAGAGUUGGCAACACCAGCACCAGGGGAACAACCGAAACGAACCGCAUACAUUGCACCGCAGUUUAGCUCGAUAGCACUCAGCGUAAUUCAUUAAAAUGCGAUACAUUUUGACAUAAAUGUUGUCAAUUUAUUUCCUUAAUUAAUCUUCAUGCUACAACGGUUGUUUCGAAGAGAUCGUCUUUUGUGAAAAGAUCGUUCACGAUAACUGUGUGUGAUAUGAAUUAUUAUAUUGAAGAAUGUAACCUAAUUUUAUGUUGAGGUCGACUGUAGUUUAGCAAAAAGGACUCUUUGACAUUUAUUGAAAUAGAAGUGAAAUAUGUAUCACGUCUGGAUGUUCUGUGUACAAACAAAUCCCCCUAUUGUUGUUCAAUACAGCGGUCGGCCAUUGAACACGAAAGUAUUUCACAGAUGCCUGAAUUUGGCUAAAGAUGUUUUCAGGAUAUACCCAAACGUUAUAUACAAGUAUCGAACAAUAAAAUUUGUACCAUAGGUGUACCGAAUAAUAUCACCCGCUCCAUAGCAGAUCUUUCCGCUGUCGGUACUAAAAAAAAACUAAUUUUGCCAGCGUCGAAUUAAAAAAAAUACAUUUUUUUUCUAAAUUUUGUUUGAGUUCUGUCAUGUUU